UUGCAAAGACCUCCUACAUGGUUCUAAAAUAAAAUUUGAACAAAGCACACGAACUGAUAAGGAUGAGAUGCUUUGUCCAAUUUGAACACUUUUUUGAUCAGGCCGGCGAUUAUUUACAUCUUGAAUCCACAGAGGGAAGAUGGAAGAACGAAUACGAAUGCAAUUUAUCAUGAGCCCUCUCAGUGUUCGACACUAAAGACAGAGGAUCGUCAAACUCUUUGGAGAUGUCCAUGCGUUCAGUCUCUGAAACAGCAGCUGCUGCAUGCAUAGUGGUUCUUUCUACCCUCGUCAUUCUCGUCCUGUUAGGAAACAUUUUGGUGUGCGUGAUAAUUAUGAAACAUCGGGAUAUGCAAAAUGCUAUAAACUUUUUACUUGUGAAUCUGGCUAUCUCAGACAUCGUGAUUGCAAUCUUCAUCAUACCCGACUUCAUCCUAAGCCGCACAUUUAGCCAUCCUGACGGAGCGACCGGGUCAGUUCUAUGCCGACUGCUGACAGGCGGAAACUUCUCGUGGGUUGGAGCUGCUUCAUCGGUUUUUACCUUGAUGGUGAUAUCCAUCGAACGCUAUCAUGCAGUAUUGCAUCCUUAUGGAAAUAGAUGGAAGCUUAGCUAUCACAACCUGAAGGUAAUUAUUCCAAGCUGUUGGAUCUUUGCAGUGAUUAUGAUUCUACCAACGUUUCUUAGUGUUGAUUUUGACAACACCAUACGCGACUGCAAAGAAGAUUGGCCCUCAAAGUGGAUGGGCAUAGCAUACAGCAUAACCUUGUUUUUAAUCUUGGCCGCCCUUCCUUUGGUAUUAAUGACUGGCUUAUAUUCACGAGUGGUGUACGCUUUGUGGUUCAGAAAAAAUGAUCACACUCAACUCUCUCAUCAACAACAAGGUGUCAUGAAAGUACGAAGGCGGGUCACUUUAACGGUGACAAUUGUCAGUGCCAGUUUUGGAAUCUGUUGGAUCACAGACUCGACCAUCUUUUUCCUGCAUCACGUCACUUCACCUUACAGUGAUGUAAGUUUUGCUAUUGGCGCUAUAAUGAUCCUUUCCAAUUCUGCUCUCAACCCCUUUGUGUAUGCUCUGACCAACAAAAGAUUCAACCAGAAGAUCAAGGCCAUGUUACACCGUAAUGUCUUCCAAAGGAACAAGGUUCAUCCAGGUGAGGAACAUCUCAGCUGCAACGAACUAACGAAAGAACACAAGACGAUAGCAGCAUUCCUUCAGAUUUCCCAUUAGGUGGGACCGACUUCUAGAAAUUAAGCAAUUGUAGGUUGCGUAAUCAAUCAGCACUACAUAAAGCUUAACUUAUUGGAAUAACUGUAAGGAGACACUAUGUGUCUGGGGAGAAGCGAAAAAGCGCUAAAUUUUUUAGGUUACGUAACUCUGGAGAAAAAGCGUGAGAGCCAUGUACGCAAUUUAGUCAUGAAAUGCUUAAGCAGCCGUUGUCAACAGUUCUUUAUGCACUACUUCAAUUAUAACAAAGAUGUAUUACCUAGAGCAACAAGAA